AUGACAAAACCGCCCAGCCGAUGGGCAGCCGUCCCCCGUUUUCCCUUGACCAAAACGAUUCGAAAAGCUUUCCCCCUGGCAGCUACUAAACGGGGAAUUCGCAAACCUGAGAUUGUGAGCGAGCAACUAUGUGACGACAUCCUUACGCGCAUUUCCCCCUACCUACUUCGAAAUCGACCCCUCGAUAUUCUCGACCUCUGGCCUGGCGCUGGACUGUGGUCGUCCAAAGUUAACGAUCUUCUCCGUCCCCGACGUCAUGUCCUGAUCGAACCCCACCAGGGCUACCGGCCCUUGCUAGAGCCGUUGGCCCAGAGCCGCCCAGGCUACGAUUUACAGUUCAUGGAUAUCAGCGCGAUCCACGAUUGGCCGUCGCUCAUGUCUAAACACCUGCCUGAGCAGAGCGCGUCGAACCGUGACGAGUCCGGUGCGUUGGCUAGGAACGAUACUCUCUUGGUGCUGGCCAAUCCGCCCCCCAGUGCGACCAAGAAUAACCACUACACCCCGGCGCGAUGGUGGACAGCCUUUAUGGAAUCAUGUCUGCGACAGACGGGAAUACAUACCUAUGGCAGCGUCCGGUUGCUCAUGACCCUUCCGCUGUUAGACGUGCAAGCAAUUCUCCCCCACAACAUAACCGACCGCAAGAGGCCCGCCAUAAUGGCGGAAGAUGUCGCACAGCAUGCCUUUGCAGUCGCUUCGUCAAAGGACACGACGAAUUACUGGACGACCUAUAAGUGGUGGGAUCAGCUGGUGGACAACGCCGCCCGCGUGGCUCGGAAGACCGCCGAAGCGAAGAUCGUGACCCCCGAGGGAAGGGAAUAUCCGCCUUUGACCCUGGCUCCGGAGAGUCCUGACCCGGGCACCAAACCCGCCCCGUAUAUGCCCCGUGCUAAUACUGCCGGACACGAUCGGAUUAUGGAGCUGAUCAUGUUAGAGCCGAGCUUUGCCGACCCUUCUGGGCCCCAUAAACGUGCCCGGAAUGGAAGGAUUCUCCGAACCAACCAAGAGGCCACGCGGGCAUGGAUCAUGCUAAAUGAAGAUAACCGACACACCUUCAUGCGCAGGCAGCUCCUUGAGCUACUGCAAAAGAUCGCAGAGCUCAACCAAGCCUUGUCACGGGCUGCUGCGGAUCCGAGCGCGGAUCCUAGCACCUUGCGUUCCACUCAAGAGGAGAUUGCCGCCCUCCAAGCAACCUACGUCAAACAAAGCUCCGAGACCCACUACAAGGCCCUGAAGCAAUUCUCGGGUCUGUGUGAUGACUGGAGGGCGUCUAGCCCUGGUGGCAACCCAGACAAUGCGGUCCUGCUAUGGGAGCGUCGGCCAUUUGAGCCGCUGCUCAUUCAGCCCGAUGAGCUCUUUCCGCGGGAAAGCGACCGGACCAUGGUCUAUUUCGAGGCAGAUCCGAACGCCUGCGCAGCACGAAAGCUCCACGAGCUCCCUCCGGGGGACCGAGAUGCCCCUCUUGAGUGCUCCGAGGCCCUCACUCUGACUCUGGGCAGCCGUAACCACAUGACCGUGCCGGAGCUGUUGGACGUGAUCUUACCGGGGCGACCGGUCAACGACAUCGUCCGAGCCGUUCCGUCGCUGGCAAUGUUCGCCAACAGGACGCUGAAACCGGACUUUGACAGGCUACCGAAGACGGUGCACGGCAGCCCGAGUGACAUCGCGGCUGGCAAGGAACUGGACCCUGCUCUGUGUUUCCAAGAGAAUCUGGACUACGACCUGAGCGACGUGCGGGUGCGGACUUUGUCGACCGAGACGCUCUGGGAUCUCUUUGUAGAGUAUCAGAAAAGCGACCGCAAGCUUUCGCCUGUACAGUUGAAUCGACUGCUCGGUGGCACGCUGACAUCGUUCAAGUCUGGCGAAUAUCGGGAAAGUCCGACGAAAUUUCACUAA